GCCGUCGUCUUAGCGCUGUCUUGGGAUGUUUGCGAGCAGCAACGCUUGUCCCAGUUGUUGCCUCUCCAGCUCCACUCCGUCUUCGAUUCAUUUUUGUGCCGUCAACCCAAGUCUCGCUUCUUUUCGGUUAGUAUUACCCAUUUUUUCCAUUUUGUAAUUUGUUCUAUUUUUUGUGGGAUUGAGUAAUGGCGGAGACAUUGGUGCUACGCGGAACGUUGAAAGGCCACUCCAACUGGGUGACGGCCAUCGCCUGCCCUCUCGACAACCCCGACCUCAUUCUGUCGUCGUCGCGCGACAAGAGCAUCAUCGUCUGGACCCUCACCCGCGAGGAGGGGAACUAUGGCGUUGCCCGCCGCAGGUUGACCGGCCACGCCCACUUUGUGCAAGAUGUGGUGAUUUCCUCCGAUGGGCAGUUCGCCUUGUCGGGCUCAUGGGACGGAACCUUGAGAUUGUGGGACUUGAACACUGGAACCACCACCCGGCGGUUCAUUGGCCACACCAAGGACGUGCUCAGCGUUGCGUUCUCGGUGGACAACAGGCAGAUUGUGUCCGGCUCGCGUGACAAGACCAUCAAAUUGUGGAACACUCUCGGCGAGUGCAAGUACACCAUCCAGGACGUGGAUGGUCACACUGGGUGGGUCAGCUGCGUGCGCUUCUCCCCUGUGACGGCGAACCCUAUUAUUGUGUCCGGAGGGUGGGACAAGGUCGUGAAGGUGUGGAACCUGACUAAUUGCAAGAUCCGCACUAACUUGGUUGGGCACACCGGAUACGUGAACACCGUCACCGUGUCUCCUGAUGGCUCCCUGUGCGCCAGCGGUGGCAAGGACGGAGUUGCAAUGCUGUGGGACCUGGCCGAGGGCAAGAGGUUGUACUCUUUGGACGCCGGUGACAUUAUCCACUCUCUUUGCUUCAGCCCCAACAGGUAUUGGUUGUGCGCUGCCACCCAAAGCUGCAUUAAGAUCUGGGACUUGGAGAGCAAGAGCGUCGUCGACGAGCUGCGCCCUGAGUUCACCUUCGUCAGCAAGAAGGCUCAGGUGCCUUACUGCGUCAGCUUGAACUGGAGCGCUGACGGAAGCACCCUCUUCAGUGGUUACACUGAUGGCCAUAUCAGAGUGUGGGCUGUUGGACGAGCUUAGGUUUUGUAUCCACUGCUCUUGAUCACUUGGUGAAACUGCUCUUUUAGUAGGGGCCGGCAAUUGCAAGUAGGUGCUUAUGAACAGAGGAGACAAUUGAGUACAACUUUUUUGCUUUACCUGAUGAGACAAAAGGAAUACAAAAAUUUAGUACGCGUUUCAUACCUUGAAAUUUA